UUUUUCCCGAGCAGAUGAACAAACCAGUUGGUGCACCGAAUGACGGAAGCGUGGCGUUAUUUUCAGAAUGAACAAUAAUGUUCCCGAAACUGUGGCUACUACUGGCGAUACUCCAUUGCACGUCGAGCUCGACCAAUCUACCGAAAACGGUCAUAGGUGGCAUUUUUGACCAAGAUGCCUUUAUGCGCAAGGCUUUCUCGCUGGCCGUUCGCACGAUGAACGAGUGCACCUACAACCGAACCAUUUGCGAUCUCAUGCACGCCUGCGACGACAACGUCCACUGCAACGUCUUCCACCUCGUCGAGUUUGCCGCCUUGGUCCUCGAGGCUGACGACGACUUGCUCAACGUGUACAACAAAGUUGGCGAACUGGCCGGUCACAACUCGCGGGAGAUCGUUAACAACGACUACGGGCUCGCGGCGAUAGUCGGGCCGCACAACGAGCUCAGCGCCCGGUACAUCCAGGGCCUCUGCGAGAUCCACGAUCUCCCGCACAUCGUCGUCAGGCGGGAGGUGGAUCACGACAGGCAGAGGUCGAUCAAUAUCUACCCUGACUUGGAUACGCUGGCUACUGUGUACGUCAAGAUGAUCGAAAAGCUGAACUGGACGUCGUUUUCGAUACUUUACGAGAGAACCGAGCACUUCUUGGCCCUGGACAAGGUGCUCAAAAUGUACGGCCCGUUCGCCCACUCGGUUUACGCGUUUCGUCUUGGCAGCGGACCCAACUACAGCCAGCCCCUCCUGUUGGCGAAGGAAAAGAACCACAAGUGCUUGAUCAUCGACUGUUCGUACGAGCGCCUCACGGACAUCUUGAAACAGACUCAGGAGGUGGGCAUGAUGACCGGCUCGUACAAGUACAUAAUCACGUCAUUGGACCUGCAGACCAUCGACUUGCGCCCGUACCAGUACUCGGGGGUCAACAUAAGCGGCAUUCGGCUGAUAGACCUGGACAACCCGUUCGUGAGCAGUUUCGUGGAUCAGCAUCUCGACGAGCUCGACAUACCUAGCGGCGACAAACUCCGCACCGAGGAGGCUCUCAUGUUCGACGCGAUAGCCCUGUUUGCCCAAUCGUACAAGGAACUGAGCUACGGCUACGACAUGAGCGGCGCCCGGUUGUCCGACAAGUACGACCCUACGGCCACCUGGGACAACGGGCUCAGCUUGCGCAACUACAUACUGUAUAACUCGAUGAACGGACUGACGGGGCCGGUGAUGGUGGACAGCGACGGGUGCCGCAGGCGUUUCAAGCUCGACAUCCUGAACCUGCACCGGAGCGGUUUGACCAAGGUCGGGGUUUGGAAUCCGGACGACGGGUUCGACGAGCUGCGCCUCAUGAACGAGAUCAAGCUCAAGCACUUCAACGUCCUCAUAACGAUGAACCCGCCCUACGCCAUGCGGGUCAAUUACUCAAAGAGCCUCGAGGGUAACGACAGGUACGAGGGCUUCGUCGUCGACAUAAUCAAGGAGCUCAGCAGGAUGCUCAGGUUCAACUACACCUUUCACGUCCAGGAGGACUCGAUAAACGGCAUGUGCACCAAGAACAACGGCAAGUGCGCCUGCGACGGCAUGAUGGGCAAAAUACUCAGCAAGGAAAUGGACAUGGCGAUCACGGAUCUGACCAUCACCGAGGAGCGCGAGCUGUGCGUCGACUUUUCGACGGCCUUCUGGAACUUGGGCAUGAGCAUUCUGUACAAAAAGCCAAUGAAGGCGCCGCCCUCGCUCUUCUCCUUCCUCUCUACCUUCAACCGGGAGGUGUGGAUCUACCUGGGGGUGAUCUACGUCCUCGUGUCGUUGUUGUUCUUUGUCCUUGGCCGUUUGUGCCCGGCCGAGUGGAACAACCCGUUGCCGUGUAUAGACGAGCCGCGCGAGCUGCACAACCAAUUCACGAUUUGCAACUCCUUCUGGUUCACCAUCGGCUCGAUAAUGCAGCAGGGCUCGGAGAUAGCGCCGAUCGGCCGGUCGACGCGCACCUUGGCCGGCUGCUGGUGGUUCUAUUGUUUGAUCAUCGUGUCGACGUACACGGCCAAUCUGGCGGCGUUUCUGACGAUCGAGAGCCCCGUGAGGGAGGUGCGUGGCAUCGAGGACCUGUACAAUCAGACAAAGAUCAAGUUCGGGGCGAAAAAGGACGGCUCGACUUACCAAUACUUCGAGAGCUCCAAAAAUCCGAAGCACAAGCAGCUCGCCGAGCAGAUGAAGGCCAAGGAGUGGGAAAGGUACAUGGUGACCAACAACGAGGACGCCUUCAAGCUCGUGCGCGACGAGAAGUACGCCUUUAUCAUGGAGUCGUCGUCCAUCGAGUACAUACAGUACCGGCAGUGCGACCUGGAACAAGCUGGACCGCUCAUAGAUCAGAAAUCAUACGCCAUUGCUUACGCCGAGGGCUUCGAGUACCACCAACAAAUCAGCAUGGCCAUAUCCUCGCUGCAGGAGAAGCUCGUCAUUAAGAAUCUGUACAACAAGUGGUGGAAGGAGAAGGGCGUGUGCUUCGACUCUACGUCCAAUACUCCCGAUCCCAUGAAUCUGGAGCAGUUGGCCGGGGUUUUUCUCGUUCUCGGGGUCGGGGUUUGUCUCUCGCUCGUGUUGACCAUCUACGAGUUCUUCGAGGGAGUCAAGACCGUGUCCAAGAAAGAAAACAUCGAAUUCAUGGAGAGACUGUCGUCGGAGGCCAAGUUCAUAACAACGACCAAGGCGGUCAAGCCGGUGCUAAAGAGGAACAAGUCGUUGGAUUCCAAUGCAUCUGAUUACUCGUGCAAUUAUACGCUCACGACGCAAGCCUGACGGAGUUUUUCGUGAACUUGAAUAUGGGAAAUGCAAAUGUAAAAAAAGGCUGCA